AUGAAGAGGGAUAAAAGUAGCAAUUUUUAUUAUUGCUACUACAAGGGUCUUGUGGAGAAGAAUGUAGUUGAGGAUGGUGAGAGCUCGAAGAAGCCAAGGAUCGCGGUCUUAACUCGCAGGCAAGCGCAAAGAGAGGUCUCUAGACCUUGUUGCGUUGUUUGUGAAGCGAUGGAGAAGAACUUGAUGGAGAAUGUUGAGAAGAAGAAAGAGGAGGUGAUGAAGAAUGGUGAGGUUGAUAAGGAAGAGAAGGGAGAUGAAAGAGGAAAAGAAGUGGUUGAUGAUGAUGAGAAAAAUGGUGGAGAAAAUAAUGGUGAUGGUGGUGUGGUGGUGAAAAAUGUGUUGGAGGAGGAGAAUAAUAAUAAUAAUAAUAAUAAUAAUAAUAAUAAUGUGAACUUGAUGUCAAGUGAGAAUUUUGGGAAAUGUGAUUUGUUUGAUUGGGGAGAGUGGAACUAUGAGAGAGAUCAAAUUUGGAAUGAGUGUACUUGUUCAUACCCUUUCUUCUGGGAGUCUGAGUAUGGUGCUUAUUACUAUUGGGAUGUUCUUGCAAAUGAAACAGGUGCUAAAGAAUGGGUUGAACGCCUGUGGCAGGAUUGA